UAUUCUCGUAACAGUAAUUGAGAAAAAAAGAGCUAUAGUUUAUCACAGGUUAUCAUGUUUAUUCAAUAGUUCUUAUUUGAAUCAAAAUUCUACAAACCCAUAAAGUUUUUCUCAAAUAACUUUUUUUAAGUUUUUGUCACAAAAAUAAUCUUAAAAGAAAAUAACCAAAAAUAGCCCAUAUUAUUUUGAAAUCUUAAUUUAUUUUUUAUUUUUUUAUAAUUUAAAACCAUAUCAUCAAAAUCCUCACCUUUUAAGUCUAGAUCAGUUAAUCAUAGAAUAUAAAUGUAUUUUUAUCUUUAAGAAAAUUUAUUUUGGUCAUUUUCCUUUUUAAAAGCUAUUUUUAUAAAAAUAAAGUAAAAAAAAAAUAUUUUAGAGAAUUUCUCUUUUUUCUUAUUCAAAAGAAUAUCAUUAUAAAUGUAUCGAAAUAUUGUUGAACUACUUGGAUAAUGCAUACUGAACGAAUGAAGUUAUAUACUACUAAGCAGAAAUGGAUUCAGCUCUGAGUUUAAUAAUUGGAUUAAUAAAAAAUUAGUAGAUCUGCCCACCCCCAAAAAAAAAAGAGCGUGAAAGACUCCGAUCGCGUCAGAAGGUUAAAAGACAACCGGUUUAACUGAACCGAUGGAUUAUACAAUCAUACCGGUUUAGAAGUCAAAAAGCAUUGUCGUCUGUAUAACAUCAUUCAUCACCUCUGAAGACGCUUUGGUGCCAUUUAACACUUUCCCUCUAUAAUGUAUCGGCGAUUUCGUCUGAAAAGCUCGAUUCUCCAUGGAAUAGAGCAGAAACUACUCACUGAUUGGAAUCGAAAGACAUUGUUAGCUCAGCCGCUUUCAAAUUCUUCAAUUUGGAUCAUGAAGAGAUUUUUCCAGACACGUCUUCUUCUCCAGACAGGUACUCUGUUCUUGUCCGAACGAGCCUCUUCCACUCUCAGUAAAGGGAAGAAAGUCUCUUACAAAGAGAGGUUGAGAAGUGGGGUUGUUGAUAUCAAGAAAGACGAUGCCGUCGAGCUCUUCCAGUCAAUGAUUGUGUCUCGUCCUCUUCCCACUAUCAUACACUUCAGUAGAUUGUUUAGUUCCCUUGCCAAGACAAGACAGUACGAACUCGUGUUGUCCCUCUCCAAGCAAAUGGAGUUGCACGGGGUCGCACAUAACAACUACACUCUUAACAUAAUGAUAAACUGCUUCUCCCGGCGCCGGAAGCUCGGUUUCGCUUUUUCCGCUAUGGCCAAGAUGUUGAAGCUUGGGUAUGAGCCAGACACAGUCACGUUCUCGACUUUGGUAAACGGGUUAUGUCUCGAAGGGAGAGUUUCUGAAGCUGUGGCGUUAGUUGAUAGGAUGGUGGGACCAAACCUUGUGACGCUCAACACUCUUGUCAAUGGGCUUUGUCUGAAUGGUAAAGUGUAUGAAGCUGUAGCGUUAGUUGAUCGGAUGGUGGAAAAUGGAUGCCAGCCUGAUCAGUUUACAUACGGUCCGAUUUUGAACAGGAUAUGUAAGUCAGGGAACACUUCAUUGGCUUUGGAUUUGCUGAGAAAGAUGGAAGAUAGGAAGGUCAAGCCUGAAGCGGUUACAUACAAUAUGAUUAUCGAUAGUCUUUGCAAAGAUGGGAGCCUUGAAGAUGCGCUUAAUCUCUUCAAUGAAAUGGAAAGGAAAGGGAUCAAAGCAAAUGUCAUCACCUACAACACUCUCAUAAGCAACUUCUGUAACGCUGGUAGAUGGGAUGAGGCUGCGCAGUUGCUGAGAGAUAUGAUCACACGGGGAAUCACUCCCAACGUUAUCACAUUCAGUGCGUUGAUUGACAUUUUUGUGAAAGAGGGGAAGCAUGUUGAGGCUAAAGAGUUGUACAAUGAGAUGAUCGCAAGAGGUAUAGAUCCUGAUACGGUUACAUAUAAUUCUUUGAUAUAUGGUUUGUGCAUGGAGAAGCGUCUAGAUGAGGCCAACCAGAUGAUGGAUGUGAUGGUCAGCAAAGGAUGUAGUCCUGAUAGUGUGACUUAUAAUAUCAUUAUUAAUGGAUAUUGUAAGGCUAAACGGGUGGAGGAUGGUCUUAAACUCUUCCGGAAAAUGUCUCUAAGAGAAGUGGUCAGUUAUAACACUCUGGUCCAAGGGUUUUGUCUAUCUAGAAAAAUUGAGGUUGCAGAAGAACUUUUCCAGGAGAUGGUUUCUCGAGGUGUUGAUCCUGAUACUGUGACUUACAACAUUUUGGUAGAUGGGUUAUGUGAGAAUGGUAAACUAGAGAAGGCGUUGGAAAUAUUUGAGGAUCUGCACAAGAGUGAGGUGGAACUUGAUAUUGGGAUAUUUAAUAUAAUCAUUCAUGGGAUGUGCAAUGGUAGUAUGAUUGAUAAAGCAUGGGAGUUAUUUAGUAGCCUUGCUCAUAAAGGAGUGAAGGCUGAUGUCAAAACAUAUACUAUAAUGAUUGGAGGACUGUGUAAGAAAGGAUCACUGUCUGAAGCGGAUAUGUUGUUUAGGAAAAUGGAGGAAGAUGGGAUUGCGCCAAAUGAGUGUACAUACAACACACUGAUCCGAGCUCAUUUAGGAGGUAGUGGUGUGGCCACUUCAGUUGAACUCAUAGAAGAAAUGAAGAGGUGUGGGUUCUCUGCAGAUGCUUCCACCAUGAAGAUGGUUAUUGAUAUGUUAUCAGAUGGUAGAUUGAACAAAAACUUUUUGGGUAUGCUUUCUUGAGGUUCUGAUCUAAGAGGAAAGACUUCCUUAGUGUUUUUGAGGUAGUUGGGCUAAAUCGUUUGAAGCCAACUUUUUUUUUCACACAUGUAAACAGAGCUUACUGUAUUCUCUUUCACAUGGCUUUCAUAUGUUAUGUACCAUCUCCUCUGAUAGAUCAUAAGAGCAUGGAAAGAUGGAAAACAUAUUCACAAGUCACAACUGUACUAACAUGUUUAUUAGUGCUUACUUUUUACUACAAUUGGUGUUGUGCUGAAUUUAAAAUUUACAAUGUCAGACGCCAUAAAAAUAUAAAUUUAGAAUUGGGUAUGUUGUGAAGUCAUCAUGGACUCUGAAAACUACUUAGAAUUUUUUUAAACGUUCAUUGAACUGUUUGUAACCGCAACAAAACGUCUAUCGUUUGAUCUCUUAAUAAUACCUUUAGAUAUUUUAUAAAGUAAUAAUUCAAAAAAAACAUGUUUAAUUGUAGUAAGUUUGGUAAAAUAUUAGUACACGGGAUAUACAUAUAAUUGAAUAAUUAGCAAUGUUCACGUCAAUAUUGCUUUAAAGACAAAUCCUAAGAGAGAAAUAAAUGAUGAGUGAAGUGGCCACGCGCAUGUGACACUCACGAGACAGUAUGAAGUCUUUAUUUUGUAUUGGCCUCAGUGGCCUACAUGUCUUCUUGUCUGUAAGUUUUACGUAUGGGUAUGGCUAUUGUUUACAUAUUUAUUUCAACAUUUUGUGUAACACUAUAAACAUUCAUCAUUGUCACUAUCAUCUAUUAAUUACUACCAUCUAGUAUUAGUAAGCAUACAAGUUUUGAAUGAGUUUCUAUAAUUAAUUAGAAAUCAGAAUACAUUGCAAAAAAUUACAUUCCCUAUACGGCUAUACGCUUGUAUUGCAAAAUUUACAUGCCCUAUGACGAGGUAAUAUCAUUAUCAUGAAUUUUAACUGGUGUUUUACUCAAUAAAAAGCACAAGUAAAUAAGCUUAAUUUCACAUUAUAUGAAAUUCACAUAUCUUGAAGUAUUUUGAGUGAUAAAAUAAAAGGUAGAAAAUUAAUUGGCACAUUUUAUGCCCAAUUACUAACAUAGUACUAGGAAAUACUAGUUCCCACGGGAAUCCCACGUGUUACUCGCAGCUAAUCUACUUAAUAUGGAAAAGAGUAACGUGUUUCAUAUCCACAAAACAAAUGUAGAAAUAACAUCUACCAAUUUCAUAUUUCGUAUUUGUGGUCCAACGUUGGAGCUGGACCCGACUUGAAGAUUUUAAUAACAAGUUAAAACCAAUAAAAGCGAAGUAGUUCUGUUUGACCAAAGAUUCCAAGAAUGUAUUGUCAUUCAGUCUUGGAAAAACAACAAUAAUCAAAUAAUUUAGUGUUUAUUGUCUUGGUAAUUUUUUCAUUCAGCUCUGAGAAAACAACGAUAUAUCAACUAAAUUAGUUUUUAUCAAUACCUUGGUAGUCAAAUUUAUCAGCUAAUAUUCACUAGACACGUUUUAAUAGUUUUGAAUUCAAUUCUCAAAUCCAGCAGGUGAUCCCUGAUGGUAUCAAAACGAUUUACACAAUAUAACAUGCUCUGCAUCUUUUAGAGUCUUUGACUGCAAUAAAAAUUCAUAACAUCAUGCCUCACAACAUUUGACAUCUAAUAGACCCGAUAUGUAGAAAGGUAAAUACAUGAAGGUAGAACAAAUGGGCUGGAGAUAGACAGAUUUAUAACUAAUCUUUAGUUUAUUAUUUAAAUACUGCAUAUCAAUGAAACCUACGACAAGCGAAUUAUUCAUUUAUACCCUUGUUUUUUUGUUAAAGUACAGUUAUUCAUUUUUAUUUUACAUAAGCAACAAAAAAUAAUCAAGGACUAAUUAGUCCUUGAUUAUAGGUUUAAAUGGACUAAUUUGGCGUAUAUAUUCAUCAAAUAUGUUAGUACCACAAAACUAAGGUUUAUAAAAGAUUAAUAGUAAGAGUAAGGAAAAUUGAUCUCCUCAACUGAUCUCCUCGAACUGUCUAGCAGAACACGAUAGAUGGUGAUGCGAAACUAAAUUUAUAAAAUAUUGGUUUAAAUCAUUUUGGUUGAAUCCGGUUUGUAUUUCGAGCUUGAAACUUUUUCGGGGUUGAUUUAUAUUAAAAAAAAAACUAGGUAGUAAAUAAGAGGGUCCCGGACCAUUAUGGUGAUGGGACUUCAAGCUCACACUAAACAGCUAAUAAUAUAGUACAAUCCCUUUAAAAUGCUCACGUGGCAACAAGCCUUGAUACAAAUAACGGUGUGUUACGCGCGUUCAUUUCGCACUUCUAUGUCCCACAACCGUAGCCUAUAUAUCUCCUCUCAUCCACUUCUCUGUUUCAUAACUCCCACCAAAACACAAAAACAGAACAUAAGUCUAACAAAAAUAAAAACAUUAUUCAUUCCGACAAUCAUUACAAGAAAUAGCAUUGUAAUGGAUAAUUAUGAUGGGACUAAUCUGGCUGAGAUGAGGCCAAAGAGGCGUGCGGGACGGAAAGUGUUCAACGAGACACGCCACCCAGUUUUCAGAGGUAUACGGCGGAGGAACGGCGACAAAUGGGUCUGCGAAGUCCGAGAGCCGACGCACCAGCAACGCAUUUGGCUCGGGACCUACCCCACGGCGGACAUGGCUGCGCGUGCGCACGACGUGGCGGCACUAGCUCUGCGCGGGAGAUCCGCGUGUUUGAAUUUCGCCGAUUCCGCCUGGCGUCUCCCGGUGCCGGAGUCAAACCACCCGGAUGUCAUAAGGAGAGUGGCGGCUGAAGCGGCUGAAAUGUUCAGGCCGACGGAGUACGGGAGUGAGAUCACGGUUUUGCCCUCUUACGGUAGUGAGGUGUAUAUGGGCUCUGGCUCGGGAUCGGAGGAGAGGAAUGUUUAUGGAUAUGUGGAGGAGGAAGAGGAAGUCUCGACGACUAUGAUGAGACUUGCGACGGAGCCGUUAAUGUCGCCGCCGCGGUCGUAUAUGGAAGGCGUGACUCCUAAUGGUUACAUGGAAGAAGAAAUGAGCUAUGAAGAUAUGUCACUCUGGAGUUACCGUUACUAAGCGGGGAUGCACAUUAGUAUGCAUAUGGUUUUUAAAAUAUGUAAUAUGGUAAAAUGCGUGCAAUAGUGUGUAUGAGUUGUAAGAUUUUUCCUUCUUGAGGUUUUUUUUAGAUCCUCUGGCUGAGUUAGAAGGCUCCCUGAUGGAAAUAAUUUUGUAUUGUACUUGUAAGAAUAUGUUAUAAAAUGUUUGGGCUU